UAAAACACGAUGCACAUCCUUCUCCUCCCACUGUAACCGCUCUCAGCUACUCCAAACCCUGAUGACUGAUGUUGUCCUCAAGUUCUUUGCUGCCGUUUGCUCCCGUCACCCUCCAUGUGCCAACAUACCAUAUCAUAAAGGAACGAUUAGCUUCCACACAAGUUUUGUCUUUUAUCACCUAAUAAUGCCUGCAGCUCUAUGCUUGUGAGGGUUACUGGUCUAUAAACUGCCAUGCUUAAUACUUUUGUGUGUUUUUUCUCUGUCUGGUAACAUUCUGUGUAGACAUCAGCAAACAAUAGCAAUGCUCUUCCCUGAUGUACUGAGGGGAGCUUGAAGAAAGCAUGGCUUGAGCUGCUUGUUGACUGAUGCUCUUAUCAUUGCUUUUUGUGUACUCAUGCUCUUUUUUUCUUUCGUGCGUGUUUGUUUUGGGUCAUUGUGUCCUAACAUGUGCUCGGCUUCUCUGUUCUCCUUAGCCAUUCACUGUCUGACUGCAGAAGUCUUUUUUCAGCCAUUUAAAUCCUGCACUUUGACAUUCCCCGCAAAGACUACCAGGUCAUUGUGAUGUCAAGCCAUGAGACUAUUCGUGUGCUAGAGGUAGAGGUCGAUGCAUCUCUGCCAUCAUCAGGACCCGAUGGGACGAGUGAUGUCAAAGCUGAGGAGGGUGUGGCUCGGCCUGCAGAACAACACAAGGCUGGCAGCAUACAGGACGGCUCCGCUAUGCCCCAGAGCACUGGGGGAGUAGUGCUGGGUGAGCAGCAGGUGGUGUCUGUCGAGGUUCCUGCCCCUGCUGUCCAAACACUGACUCCUGCUGUUCCCGUCAGUUUGUCCCUGUCGCAGCCCCAGGCCACCAUGCCCAUCACUGUACAAGGCUGUCCACAGGUGCUGACCCAGGAAAGUUUGGCCACUCUGAUGACUAGUAUGAUGGCCCAGACAGGAUCUCUGGGGCAGCCCUUGCUCAUCCCCAUCAGUAUGGCGGGCUCCAUCGGUGGCCAGGGAGGUCUGGCUGUUCUCACCUUACCUACCACCAACGUAGCUACUCUCCCCGGGCUCACAGCAGCUAACACAGCUGGAAACCUUCUCAAACUGCCCUUUGCUGGCCUCCAAGCUGCGACAGUCCUGAACUCUGUUCAGCCCCAACUGCAGACGAACGCUCAGACGAUGUUCCAGCCUCAAGCUGCCAUACAGCCUGUGCAGGUGACGUCUCAUCCAACACAGGUGACCCAUGCACAGGUUACCACCGCUCAGGUGGCGGCGGCCCAGGCGACCACUGCUGUCUCUCAGUCCAACAUAUCGUUAGCAGCGCUCCAGGCUGCAGGACUCUCUAUCAAUCCUGCCAUUAUCAAUGCUGCGUCUUUGGUAACGCAGCCCCAGUUCCUCAGUUCCCUCACCUCCACUCCUAUCUUCACUAGUGCCAUGUCCAACAUGGCCGGCAUCACCAGCCAGAUCAUCACAAAUGCCCAAGGACAGGUCAUAGGAACCCUCCCUCUUCUGUUGAACCCAGCCUCUCUAGCUGGAGCGGCUGCGACACCCACCCUUCAGGGUCUGCAGGGUCUACAGGGUCUACAGGGUCUGCAGGGUCUGCAGGGUCUGCAGGGUCUGCAUAGUCUGCAUGGUCUGCAAGGUCUGCAAGGCCUGCAAGGCCUGCAAGGUCUGCAAGGUCUGCAGGGUCUGCAGGGUCUCCAGGGUCUCCAGGUCCAGACUCUCACCCCACAGUUGCUUCUCAACACCCAGGGCCAGAUUAUUGCCACAGUGGGGAAUGGAUCUGCAGUUGUUACUUCUGCUGCAGUCAUGCCCAAAGCUGCUGCUCCCCCAACACUUACCAAACCUAUCACACAGGCUUCAGUAACAACUGUCAGUCAGUCACCAAUUGUCAUCGCCCCUCAGCCGUCUGUACUGAAGAAUGCCACCACGCUCUCCUCGACAGUACCCAUCACCUGUGGAGACAUUGUAAAAGUGGGACAGCUUGUCGGCAAACCCCAGCAGGUAGUCAGCAGCGAGGAAGGCAUUAAUCUGGAAGAGAUUCGAGAGUUUGCCAAGAAUUUCAAAAUCCGUCGGCUGUCAUUGGGGCUUACUCAGACACAAGUAGGGCAGGCUCUAACUGCAACUGAGGGUCCCGCUUACAGCCAGUCCGCCAUUUGCAGGUUUGAAAAGCUGGAUAUCACGCCUAAGAGUGCUCAGAAGUUAAAGCCGGUGUUGGAGAAGUGGCUGGCUGAGGCUGAGCACUGGAACCAGAAAGGCCAGCAGAAUCUGAUGGAGUUUGUUGGCGGCGAACCAUCCAAAAAACGCAAGCGGCGUACGAGUUUCACACCGCAGGCAAUAGAAGUUCUUAACUCCUACUUUGAAAAGAAUGCAUUGCCAACAGGUCAAGAGAUUACAGAAAUUGCACGAGAGCUAAACUACGACCGAGAGGUUGUGCGAGUAUGGUUCUGUAACCGGCGGCAGACGCUGAAAAACACAAGCAAAAUCAAUGUCUUCCAGGUUCAGUAACGACCUCAUUCUGGGAGGAUGCGUUUUUUGGAAGUCGAACAUUCAAUACAGCAACACAGUUGUGAAUUGUGUUGUAAAUAAAAGCCAAACUCCAUUAAGGAGUAUGAACUUUUAUAGAAAAUAAAGGAAAUUACACAUAAUUCAAGUGUAAUGAAAGAGUACUAAAAAAAAAAAAAAAGGUUGAUAUUGUAUUUUAAGACUGUACAUGUGUACAGAACUCCUGUGUGGUGGGCUGCAUGGUUCUUUUGUCAUAUAUAGUGAUGAUAAUACAGCGAUAUUAACGUCAUAUUUAAAAACAUUUGGUGAAAUUUUAUACAAGUGAUUUUAUAGGCUAUACCUCUGAAUUAUAAUACGUGGCAGUGCAUUGAGUCACAUUGAUUUUAAUCACAUAAUUGUCACUUUGUCACGAUGGGUGAUAUUACGCUGAUAUUUGAAUAACAUGCUUUUGCCACUGGAUAUUUUCAGAGUUCUUGCCGCUCAUUCAUUUUAUAUUCAUGUAGUAUUUGUACUACAUGAGCAGCUUUGCAAACAUAAAAAAGCCUCUGUCGACUAAAAGUAGGCAAUAGCAUAUAAUCUUAUUUUUAUCAGAAUUUGUUGUCUAAUUAAUGCCAAAACUGAUGUUGCUAUCUAUGGACUCCUGACUCUGCAACAAUUUUUUGGGACAAUCAUAAUUUUGAUAUUUCUUAUUGAUAAUCACAAAGAUGAGCUUAACAUCUGUAGUAAUUUCCUAUUGUUUGGCGUUAAAUGCGUCACAGUAAUUUUUGAUUUUCCUCGGACAACAAGUUCUUAUCAAAAUAUAAUUAUAGCGUCAGCUGUUGCCUAUGACGCCACAACUGUAAACUUUUUUGGGGCAUUUUAUAAUGUUUGUUUAAUUUGUGAGUUACUGAUUGUGGGUGAAACGUGUGUGAAUUCACGACAGUCUGUCCUGUUUUUACACUUUCUGUUUAAUGUGCUGAUAAUACUCUGAGAGUAUUUUGUGUUUCCUCUUUAUUCACAAUUGUGACUGUUCCCUCAAUGGGUUAACAACGGUUCUGCAGCAUUUUUUUUUUAUCUCAAGUUCGAUAAAGUGUAUGUUAAAAGCAGGAACUUAAUUGGACUAUUAUGAAGGCAGUUUAAAACAGUCAGAAACAUUAGCACCAGGUUUUUAGAUACUCUUACUAAGUCCAAUAUCAAUCAAAUUACUAAAAAUGCAAUUAUAUGUUGAGCCAAGGAAGGGUUUUGUGGGUUAAUGACUUUCAAUCUGAAUCAGUAAGAAGAGUGUUUGCAUGUGCAGUAUGAAGUUAUUUUCUAAAACUAUGGUCAUUCUAUGGGAAUUCUUUGCACUUUAGUGACAGUAGGGAAAGUAAAGGGGAUGCGAAUGGUUUAUGUACAGUGCAAGGUUUAGUACUUACGAAUGUGGGAGAAUUUAAUUUCUGCAUUUUAAUGUUCUUGAACAACAAGAAUCUUUGCUUUGCAAAAUGUAGCAGUACUGGCCAAAUUGCAAUCAUCAACUUAACAAGUGACUUCUGUCACUAAGAUUAAUGUACUUUUAUGCAGAAAAAAAUGUAAAAUACUGCAGUUUAAAUGUACAAGCUAAUAUGCAUUAAUCCAAUUUCCCCCCCCCCCGAUUUUGUGAAUUAUAUGGUGCAUAUUUUCCUUCUGAACAAUUUUUAAGAAAUGGGCCUAUUUUGCAAUGGACAUACAUUGUACCUAAACAUACAAAAUGGCAAUAUUGCAAAGUUCUUGCUACAAUAUAUGUUUUUCCUUCCGUUCAAUAUGGGAGGCCAAUGUAUAAUAUUGUUUAAUAUACUAAGUUAUCAAUAGAGAAAAGAAGAGCUAAAUUACAAUAAUAAGAUGAUAUUCAUUUGUUCUGCAAAGCACAUAAAGACUUCAGGUCUUUGCAAGAAAAGAGAAAAAGGGAAGUUGGAUGCUUUUUGUCAUUUUCUGUCAGAUAAAUAAACCCUGGUUUUAUUAAUCA